UGUCCACACCGAGGUUAGUUUGAAAGCAAACGUCUCGAGUGGUGGAUUAAGCACGCUAUACUUUCCACACACAUCCACCUGUUCGUUCCGUGCUGUGUUGAAUGUACAGGCAGUUGCGUAAAUCGGUGCGCGUGUUUUAAAAGUGUUGGGUGUAGGGGAAAAAGUGUCGAGUACGGUGGCUGGCAUGACCGUGCAAGACGAAGUCCGGACCAUGCCUCAAACUGCAGCCACGCGUUCGCGUUUUAUGAUCACUGACAUUCUGAGUGGACCGGCCGACGGGACGGCGAUCAUUAGGGGCAGGUCGCCGAGUCCGGGACCUAGGGAUUUGUCGCUGCACUCCAAUCCGAUCCAUGACAGUGAUACGGACAGUUCCGGGCACCCGGAUAACUCCAGUGUUUGUUCCAACGGUCAGACGGGAGAAGAUUCAAUAAACUCGUCAAAGAGCUCGAACGGUGCAAUAAAUAAAAAGCAGAGGAAAGCACGGACGGCGUUUACCGACUUGCAGCUACAGACGCUAGAGAAGAGCUUUGAACGGCAGAAAUACCUCAGCGUGCAGGACAGGAUGGAGUUGGCGGCGAAAUUGAGUCUUACGGAUACGCAAGUGAAGACGUGGUAUCAGAACAGGAGAACGAAAUGGAAGCGCCAAACGGCCGUAGGCUUGGAGCUCCUCGCCGAAGCCGGCAACUACGCCGCCUUCCAGCGCCUCUACGGAGCGCCCCCUUACGGCUGCUGGUACCCGCCGCAGACGGCGGGCCCCACGGCCGCCCCCAGCGCCGCCGACCUCUACUACCGGCAAGCGGCGGCCGCCGCCGCCGCCACCCUCCAGAAACCGCUCCCUUACCGCCUCUACCCCCCAGGCAUGGGUCUGGGAAUCCCCGGACCUAGUGCCCAUCUCGGUUCUCUGGCGGCUAGCAGUUCGCUGAGCACCCUCUCCAGCUACUACUCCAACCAGGCCGAGGGCCCGUCCCCCAGGUCCCCCAGCCCCGAUACGCCCCUGGACCCAGGGUCGCCCGGCUCCGGGGGCCGGCGGACGCCCUCCGAGGACGAGGACACGAUCCACGUUUGAGGGCUCGGAGCCCAGACUUUGAUAUUUUGUGAUAUAAAGUGUAUUAUAGCUGGACUUGUUAUUUAUUUGCGCUUUUACGUGUUGUGUAGAUUGAUAGACUUAUGGACGAUUUUUGUAAUUAGAGGUUUGUCGACGGGCUUUGUGUGGAGUGAUGAUGGUAGGUAAGGAGGGAUUUUGAGGAUGGAUGUGUGUUAAUGUUCGGAUUGCACUCUUGUUGUAAUCGUUUUAUUUUGCUCGAUGAGUAUCUUUAUCCAUGUUAUUAUUAGAAAAUACAUAGGAAAUAAAGGAUUUUAAGUUUUUAUUACUA